ACACUUUGCAGAUGGCCGAUGAUGAGAAUGACAGAAAAUGGCCAAACUUUGGAAAACACAUCAAUUCCACAUCUGUUUUUUCACUUUUGGAAUGAUCUUGUUUGCGAUAACUAACGGAAACCUUGUAUUGGAAUGUAACGAAAGAUGUUCAAGUUUAUCGACAAGUAUUUUAUCAGAUACCGGCCAAUGUGACACAGAAUGCAGAAAUAGCUCGUGCUCAACUGGAUGUUCGUCAUGGGACAACUCAACACUUGCACAAUGUUACGCAGUGUGUAAUCAGACAUAUUCAUCAGAGCCAUUUCGGGUGCAAUAUUGCCAGUCAGGUUGCCUAUUUGCAGAAAAUGAAUACGCAGAAGAAGUGAUAGGUGUAAUAGGUCAGCCGUCAUCCCCACUGCCAAGUAACAUAGGAACGACAUCCCUCACUCUCUCCUGGACAGCGGCCAGUCAUCAAGAUGUUACCUAUCUGGUGGAAUGGAGAUAUACUGAGGGAGGGGGCAGGGCUUGGAACUAUUAUGGGUCAGGAGAGCCAAUAUCAGAGACGACUCUGGACAUCACAGAUCUUAUUCCAUACGCCGAGUAUCAAUUCCGCAUCAUCUGGGUGAUCACUCCUAGACAUACCCUGACAUCGCCCACUAGCAGCAGUGUGCGGACAUUGCCCUCUGGAGUUCCUUCAACUGCUCCAACGAUCACCAGCAUCGUGAGCUCCAGUCCGACAACGAUCUCUCUGACCUGGGACCCGCCCCCUUUCCCCAAUGGACCAAUCAUAGGCUACGUCAUUGGUGUCCAAAGCUUCCUCAAUGAGGCUGCGUUUGUCAAGAAUGAAGACGGGUCAGCAACGGAGACCACUGUGAUUGAUCCAUCUCUGAGGGCGUCGACUCUCUACGCUGUAUCCGUGAGAGCGAGGAACAUGGAAGGAGCAGGAAUGAGCGAUACAGUCAAUGUUACGACAGGAGCGGAGCCUGAAAAUCCUGGCAUAGUCCCAUACAUUGUCAUCGGUGUCACAAGUUUAAGCUCUACUGCAUUAUCUGAAAUAUCUUCAGUCUCCUUGGUAGAGUAUGGAAAGCUAAGUGGUGCUGAUCCUGUUCCUAGUGACAUACACACUGUGGAUAAUGAAAACUCUACCAUAUCAGAUGUUGCUGUGGACUACUGGAAAAACUUCAUUUUCAUCAGCGACUCUGACGGGCAAAUCCACCGUCGUACCAUUGACCCUGGUAACUUGACCCUUGCAACAUCGGAAGUCCUUUACACCAAUCAGAAUGCAACUCCCACCAAGCUUGAUGUUGAUUGGUUGAACGACCAGCUCUACUUUGUUCAGGGAACUGAGAUUUUACGCUGUAAUCUGAAUGUCUCUGAUUGUUCCACUGCUGUGGCUAAUAUUGGGUCUGUACCUACGGAGAUGAAAGUUGAUCCAUUCAGUGGGUAUCUAUUCUGGAGUGAGCAAAAUGUCGGAAUCCGCCGAGCACCCCUGACAUCCUACACCAUCAAUUCCGGCGAUGCGGACCUCAUCAUCAGUCUCCUUGACUCCUCAGCCUUCACCGUCCUCUCUGAAUCCUUCCAGAUACUCUAUACUAACUCCACCGGCAAUUCAAUGCACAGCUCCUCGCUAGACGGCACCAACCAGCAAGUGAUGCAUGUCGCGGACGCCGGAUCGGACCAUCAGUUUAUCAACGUUACCAGUAUGGUUUACUUCAACAGAUCUCUAACAUGGACCUUUGCGAAAGAGAGCGGCAGUGUUGCAUCUUGUUCUCUUGCAGAUCCGAAAUACAAUUAUCGGGAUGAUGAACGCCUUUUUUUCGAGGAGAACACAGGGACGUUCACGCAAGCUGAUUUGUUCCUGUGCGUUGAUGGCUACCAUGGUUUAGAUAUCUUCUAUCCAACGUACCAACCGAUACCUAUCCCAGCAUUCCCUCCCACGGAUCUACAAGUCCUCUUUACGGAAGGCACGGCGGAUAUCACAUGGACAAGACCUUUGAGUAUUCCUGGCAAAGGGGAGGCAGCAUGGGAGGAGUGGCUUUAUGAAAUCAUAUUAACCAAUCUUCAAAUUGGCAACACAAUGACUCUCACUGGUCUACAAGAAGAUUCAGCUCUGAUUGAGAACCUCAACGCAAGCACUGAAUACUCAGUCCAAGUCCGGGCCUAUUCUAUAGCUGGUCCUGGCCCUUUAUCGGAGACAUUUUCUGGAUCUACGCUCAUUGAAGUUGAUGUGGAGCCAUACUUGUUACUUGCUAAUGCUUCUGAUGUCUGGCGGAGUCGUCUCGAUGGCAAUGGAGAAUCGUGGCUCUUAUCACCCACGGCAAACAUUAAAGGUAUGGUGGUUCUGAUGAUUCUUAGAAUAUUGACUGGUACCAAGGCUAUUACAUUUGGAGUUCUGUGA